AUGGAAGUGGCAUUCGACGUUUACGCCUCCCUUCUACCGGUUGACCGCAACUCGCUUCGUGAUCAAAUGUUUGUCUACUGGCUUCUCCUCACAACCGGCGGUAUAGUGAUGUACCUUCUUUGUGCGUCGUUCAGUACAUACUUGUUUUUCUUUGAGUUUGCCGAGACUUACUUUCCCCGCACAAUAGCAAAGGGAGGACUCCACGACCAAAUAAUUCACGAGAUAUUUAUUGCCGUUGCGUCUGUACCCUUUAUGGCAAUUUUAAUGACACCUGCUGCAGUUCUUUCGCACCGCGGCUACAGUAAGUUGUACUAUAACGUGGAUGAUUAUGGCUGGCCUUAUCUCUUCUUCUCUGCGGCCCUCUUUUUUGUCUUCACCGAUUUCAUGGUGUACUGGUUCCACCGCGGUCUCCACCAUCCCACACUGUACCGUCACCUGCACAAGCUUCAUCACACCUACAAGUACACCACACCCUUCUCUUCUCACGCAUUCAAUCCAUGUGAUGGGUUUGGUCAGGGUGUCCCAUACUACGCAUUUAUAUUUAUAUUUCCCGUUCACCACUACCUCUUCGUGUUGCUCUUCAUGGCGGUGAACCUGUGGACGGUGUCAAUUCACGACCAGGUGGACUUUGGGGGUCAUAUCAUCAACACGACAGGGCAUCACACGAUUCACCACGAGAAAUUCAGCUACGACUACGGGCAGUACUUCACGUUUUGGGAUCGGAUCGGUGGUACGUACAAGGCAGCGAAGCAGACACACUCGCUGUCACUGUUUGGAAGGGGCGGUCGAGUUUCAGCUCAAAAACAGGAAUAA